GCCGGAAGCAUACGUAAGUGAAGGGGCAGGGCCUACAGCACAGUAAUCAGAUGGAUGCGGAACAGCCACCCCCCGCUGCGGGAGAGGUAUGGACUGGAUGCACUGCAAUGCCUGUCUUCUGCAGGGGAAAUCCACUUACUACAUCACUAGCUGUGGACACAUCCUUUGCCAAGCGUGCAUAACCCAAGACUAUUGCAGCGUAUGCAGAACUGCCAGCAAAUAUCUGCCUAUUUCAGAGAAUCUCAAGCCUCAAGAGAAGAUAUAUUUUAGAAGCCUUAAAGAUGCAGUACAGAUAUACUUUAAUAAUAUAUCUCAGGCAUGGACUUUCCAAAAGCAGCAGCAUGAAAUUCAUCUGAUGUUCUACAAACAAUACAUUUCUAGGAGCCAAAAGUCUUUGCAAGUGGCUCUGCAGAAGACUGACAGCCAGGAGAAUGAACUGAAAACUCUAAAGAAGGAAAAUGCUGAGCUUAGAUCUUUGGUCUCUCAUCUGAAGGGUUCUCUGAGCAGGUCACAAAGUAGCAGCAGGUCGUGCACACCUCGACCAGUUGCCAUCACGUCUCCAUCUCAGACAGUUACUCCUUGGCCCAACUCUCAUUUCUGCGGACAGGUUGUUAGCCUUCCAUCCUCUGGGGAGUCAUACGUGCGGUCUCAUUCAGGAACAGGCAGUCAACCAACAUCAGUAAACCGACUACAGGAUAGGAACACUCCACUAAGUUCCAGCCAAGGUUCGCCCUUAUCUGGACAAAGCGUAUCCUAUCGCCUACCAUCACAACCAACAUCCAACCAAAAUUUUUCUUACGCUGGCGUAAGGUCUACCAUUUCUGGAAGCCAGACACAAGCUCGUACUGAUAGCAACACUUUAAGAGGAAGCUCAGCUGUAACCAGGGAAACCUGCAUUACCCCAAGUACCAACAUUGACCGCCUCAGGGCUAUCCAGCUAACAUUUACCCCUAAAAUGCCAGGAUCACAAAGAUCAAGAACAUAACUGAAUGUUCUUGCAUCAGACUGCCCCUUUCCAUCUACUAGAAACCCCAGCAAUAAUCGUCAUUGCUCAGAGAAAUUCCAGUACACAGUGACUUGCAUCUAAAGAAACAGGUGGAUUUAUGCAGUGUUACGUGUAACUGUUUUUUAUAUAUGGUUUCGGAAGUUAAAAAUACAGUAGGUUCAUAUGUUGUUUCUGAAGUUUUUACAGCUAUUUUAUUUAUUCUUAUAUAUUGUUUUGGAAGUGUAAAUUGUAUGUUUAUGUUACAUUUAUAAAAUAAAUAUUAAACAGCA